AUGGUAGAGCCCAAAUCUAAAAUCAAAAAAAAUGCAGGUAAUAAAAAAAAGGUAUCAAAACAAAAGAGGAAACAAGAUACAAUCAAAAAAUUACAUGGAAUGCUGAAAAACUUGAUUAACAACAAGGAAACUGACCAAGACAAAGAUAACGAAAAGAAUGAAUCGAAAUCAUCUGAUGGUAUUAUUUACAUCAAAUCAAAGGAAAAUGUAGAUAUUCCUAAAUUAACCGAUGAAGAAAUACUAAUGAAACAUAAAAGAGCUGAUGAAAAUAUGAAGAGUACUUGGCAAAAUAUAAUUAGUAAGUACGAAAAAUUUGAAGGCCCUUCCGAUGUCAUAGAUCUGAACACUGGCGAAAUUGUAGAAGAUAAUGGCCACAUUCGUAAUUUAAAUAAUGAAGCCUUUAAAAAUUUAUCUCCUAAUACAACGCCACAGAAGAAUACCAUCUCAAAUGAGUUGAUUCAAUAUUCCUUGGAUUCGGAUUUGGAUUCGCAAGAUGAAGAAUAUGAAUUGGAAGAAUCGAAUCUAGACGAAGAAGAACAAGCUAAUGACGACGAGGACCACACUAGAUUAUACGAUGAGUAUAAGAAACCAGAAGAUGAUAAAGACUAA